GGGUGGGUAGUCGUCGGUGGUGCCGGCGGAAGUCACCGUGCCCUCGAAUUGGAGCAUCCGUCGACGAUGCCGGGCGCACCUGGUUUCCGAUUGGGGGGCCAUGUUCGCGGGUCACCACGCGGCCGCCGCCGCGGGUAUGAUGCAGCCCCCCAUGUCAGCGGGUGGUGAGUACGUGCCAGCCGCGGCGCAUCACGGGUCCGCUCAUCCCGCGAUGCCCAUGGACCUACACGUCCAUCAGGGAUUUCCCUAUUUUCCUACCAGGUACCGAGAUGACGCGCUCUGCUGGUCAGACAGGAAACCGUCCAUGGACGACGUCGGAAAUCCUACCUCCGUCAACGCACGCAUCUUGGAGUUGCGCAAGGAGAAGAGCCGGGACGCGGCGAGGUCGCGACGAGGUAAAGAGAAUUUUGAGUUCUACGAGCUCGCGAAAAUGCUACCACUACCGGCGGCCAUCACCUCCCAGCUGGACAAGGCUUCCAUAAUCAGGCUAACGAUCUCAUACCUCAAACUACGCGACUUCUCCAGCCACGGCGAUCCGCCGUGGUCCCGCGACGGUCCACCGCCCAGCAAAUCUGUCAAAGGUGCUAACCGAGUCAGAUCAUCGUCGAGUGCCGCGAUAGACCAUUUCGAAAUUCAUCAAGGUACUCAUAUAUUACAGUCCCUGGACGGCUUCGCAAUGGCUGUCGCGGCUGAUGGCAGAUUCCUAUACAUAUCCGAGACCGUUUCGAUAUAUCUCGGCCUCUCACAGGUAGAAAUGACGGGGUCGAGCGUUUUCGACUACGUCCAUCAGCAAGAUCACGCCGAGGUCGCCGAGCAGCUCGGUCUGGGUCUCGCAUCGUCGUCGAGCACUUCGGCCCCGCACUCAUCGAAUUCCGGUCUAGCCUCGCCGAGCAGCGGCGCGUCGGAGGAUCACGGUUCGUCCUCCACCGCAAAUCCCGACGUGUCCUCGGUAAUGUCGCUGUCGGCGAGCGGACUUUACAAGGGGUACGACCGGGCGUUUUGCGUCAGGAUGAAGUCUACUUUAACGAAGAGGGGGUGUCAUUUCAAAUCAUCAGGCUAUCGGGUCGUGCUAUUACUGUGUCGUUUGAGGCCGCAGUUUAUAUUCAGCCACACGAGAAAGUCCGCACCACCUUUGAUGGGCAUGGUCGGACUGGCCAUCGCACUUCCACCGCCCAGCGUGCACGAAAUUCGUCUCGAGACCGACAUGUUUGUCACACGGAUCAAUUUUGACUUUCGGAUAGCGCAUUGCGAACCAAAAGUUUCCGAGCUGCUGGACUACACCGCCGACGAAUUGACGGGGAAGAAUCUCUACACGCUGUGUCACGGCGAGGACGCGAACCGCCUCCGGAAGUCCCACAUAGAUCUGAUCCAUAAAGGACAAGUGCUGACACAUUAUUACCGGCUGAUGAACAAGAGUGGCGGGUACACGUGGCUGCAGACGUGCGCUACCGUCGUGUGCAAUUCGAAAAAUGCCGAGGAGCAAAAUAUCAUUUGCGUCAAUUACGUCAUAAGUGGCCGGGAAUACGAGAACUUGAUUAUGGACUGCUGUCAAUUGGAGGACGGGGUGACCGGCGUCAAGAGGGAAGACACGGCUGGAAAUGAUCCGGAGAACGGAUCACCGGACGCCGACCGAGGAGAGGGUCGUAGUCGGGGCGGCCCCGCGAAUCAGCAUCAGGAACAGUCGCACCGGUCGCCGCCUGAGGAGCAGGAGGAGAGCCACGCGUCGGAGAGCGAGAAACGAGGUAGCCGGCAUCACGACAAUAUAGCCCAAUUGCAGCAAGAGUCGCAGACGGCGGUCGGGAAUCUCGGCACGCUCGUAGUGAGAUUACGAGGGCACAAGCGGAAGAUCCACGACGACGACAGCAGCUCCAACGAGGACGAGGAGGACGAGGAGGAGGCCACGGUGAAGGAGUCGAACAGUGAGAGAACUCGCGCGCUUAGUCCUGGUGCGACGUCCACGCACUCGAUCUCAGCCACCGAGCAGGCGCUCUGUGCGACCAGUCCGAAGUCGCGCCGCGCCGAGGGCGGCAGGAUGGACAGCGCCGAGAGCACGGGGACCUCGGUGAAGGAUCUGGAGCAGGCUAUGUCGAAGCACCUGCCGGGAAGCUCGCUGAACAAGUCCAACUCACCAGCGGCGCUUCACCAACCGACGGACUUCAGCACGGACGCGUUGCUGAAGCAGCAACAGCAACGGAGCACGAUACAGUGGAUCGGGGCGCACCAUCACCUGGGCCACUUGAGUCCGCAACAGUCCGCCACCGCCCCGUUACCCGCCUCCGCGCUUCUCAGACAGCUCUACGCCGCCAAUCGAGAGAGCGUGAUACGCGCAAACGUGCACGGGAUCACGUCGAGCGGCGGUACGCGCGCUCCCACGUCGGCCGGCAUCUAUUACCCGGGCGAAACUGCUCCUAACGGACCUCUCCCAACGCCACCGGGCUCGGAGGGAUCCAGCACAUACGGCGAGCAUCAAUUCGUUCUCGCCGCUCACAAUCAAAAGGGAUCGAACGGCACCAGCUGUGCCGACGCUUUCACCAGUCUGGUCUCGUCGUACACGUCCGCCACCGCGGCUGGCUAUUCGGUGGACUAUCACUCGGCGAUGACACCGCCGUCGUCGGUCUCGCCACGAGACAAACAGCAACAACAACAGCAACAACAGCAACAGCAGCAGCAGCAACAGCAGCAGCAGCAGCAGCAGCAGCAGCAGCUGCAUCCUGUGAAUGUGAUAAGCAGUUACGAAGGCUCGUACGCGGAUCCCGUUCUCCGUCACCAGUACGAACCGGCCCAGCCGUUACCCUUGAAACCCCAGGUGUACUCGGCCACUGUUCAUCCGAGUGCCUUAGACGCUGCAGCGGCGUACGCCUCGGCGGGUCUGACGGAACAACCGCAGUUCUACCAUCAUCCGGCCAGUAGCGCCGGCUUUCACAUCUACCACCCGAGCAACAAGUCGACGACGAACGGCUGGUACACCUCGGCCUCCUAGUGGUCCCACCCGUAGCGGCUUCACCCGCCCGUGUACGCGGAACACGUGUACUUAAGCGACUGUAAUUAAACCCAAAGCCCUCUCCCUCGUGCAUAUCAGUGAUACGCUAUCUCGCCGCUAUCUUGGGCGAUCGUUGGCGAGUGACCCUCGUUGUCGUCGGAAUCGGCGGGCAGGCCUCAUCCUCACCGCCCCUUCCUGUCGAGUCAUCGAAAUUCGGCGCUGACCGCGCUGUAACAAUCGCUCUCUUCUUCAUUAUGUAGAACGAUUUAUUGUAAUAUAAUGAAUAAAUUAUUAUAUAUAUGUUGAUUUUUCGGAGGUAUCUGCGUAAAUAUGGAGCCAAUUGAAAAACUCAUGCGUGUUCACCGUGCGUGUUCCAAGUGAUUUGACGCGAUGCUCAAAGAGAUCGUAAUAUAUCUAAGGAUUCGCGAUUUAUUAUAUAUGUGUGAUAUACAAGACGGUUCUUAAUAAUGUCAAUGCUUUAGGAAAAUCUUUAAUCUAAAGUAUAGAACAAAAAUAUGUUACACGGAUUGUUUAGGUUUUGUCAUUUAUAACAAGUUAACAUAAGUACGGUCUGAUAUUUUAAAAUAUUUUCUGCAAUUUAUUAUAACUCAGAAAAACUUAAAUGAUACGUUCAUAUUUGUUCUCGUUUAGAUUCUAGAUUCACAUCGAAGUAUUGUAUAAUUAAGAAUCAUUCUGUAUAUAUGUAUGUAUGUAUUAUAAUUAUAAUAUUCCGUUUUUCGAAUUGCAUUUUAGGAUAUCUGUAUUUAUACGUAAUUUCAUCUUUCAUCAAAAUAAUUGAAUAAAUAAUAAGAUGAUAUUGAAAUAUUUUUCGAUAAUUUUGAGAAAUCAUUAGAAUCAACAGAAGAAAUUCAAAGUUUAAAUUGAAUUCAAAUUACAUUAUUUCUCGCUGAGUCAGCUUUUGUUCUAAUAUUGAAUGAUUUCUCAUGAGUUGAUAAGAAGCGGGUUAAAAGAUGCAUGUUUCAAUUAUCUGUCAUUUAAUCGUUUUGGAAAGAAAGAUAAACUUAUAAAGGAACAGAUAUCUUAAAGUCUAACCGAGGAAGCAACUUUCGACAAACUGUCUUCGCAUUGCGUUAAAUAUUACUAAUCAAAUAUGAUUACCGCAGUGAUUCAUUCCGAGUACAGUACUUGAAAUAUUUUGUAUCAUAAUAUUUCUUGUUGCGCGACGAUUUUCAUAAGUGGCAAUUUUUCUUCUCUGUCUUUCAGACACGUUGUUACGUUUAUUUGAUUUAGUGAGAGAAAAAAAUGCUGAUAAAAUUUAUCGUAUGAAGCGUGUUUAAAAAAUAGCAUACUUAAGAGAAAUCGCUAUCUCUAUUAAUUCACGCUGACGUCUCUGUUUAGUCAAUUAAACAACAUUGAAUUUGUUACCUGGAACAUGCUAUGUACGAUCGGUCUGUCCCAAAGAAUUCGUAGUUGCAAGCUCAUUAUUUAAUUUCGUUGUUAAAUUUCAACUAACGAUCGGGGAAGUAGCGAGGCUUCUCGAUAGAAAAUAAAGAAAAUUACAAUUGAUUUGACGUAUCAAUUGUAAUCGACUCGCAUUUCGCGUUUCCAAGUUAAAUAAUCGUGGCUCACGAAAAAUAAGUUUAAUUACACACAAGUUACGAGACUGGCGCAUACGCGAAAAAAUGGAACGUGGCAUUUAUACAGCCGUGGAAAAUGGAGAGCAAUCUGAAAAAAAAAAAAGACGAGUGAUAUCAAAAAGACACUUUUAUUAUAAAUACGCACUGAAAUUCUUUACUCAUUAAGGACAAGAGACAUUUAUAUGUAUAUUUAUAGACUGUUCUAGCGACUUUACCUUCUAAAUGUAGGAUAGACAAAAAUGUAGAUAUAUCGAGAGGGGACACGCGUCGCGCACGCGAGGAGAAGUCAACACUGCUCUGGAGGUAGCGAAUUCUUUUAUGAAAGUUAUUGUAUUUUAAUGUUUAAACAUUUCGACCAGUUGUUUUUGACGAGUACACGUGUAAAUACAGCUUACGUGCCU